GUUUAUUUCCAGUUUUUCGGUUUCCUAAAGCCUUUUGUGUUCGGGUAGUUUUACUGUUUCGCUUCUCUUUCUCUUCAUUUUCUUCCACCGGGAAACCUCUUUGUGUUCGCCGGGAAACCAUUAUAUACGCCGUGAAACCGCUUCUUCUCAGCCUUUUCCUUGGUUAUGCUACAAGGAUUCCUUGUAUUCUGUGGCGUAUUCGUUGUUGCGGAGACGAAAAGCGUUGGAUCUAAGGAGGCUUCUGAAACGUUCCACCCUUCCUUUUUUGAUUCUGUUUUGUUUUAGAGGAAUGCGGUGGUCUGAGUUGUUGAGGGUGUGGAUUUGAUCGUUCAUGGGGGAGAUCGUGGUCUAGGGUUUGGUUUAUGUGGUUUCCUUUUGGGUUUCGGGUUGAGAAGAGACGAACACGACGGAGAGGUCAAGUGGAAGCGUUCGUUAUGAAAUGGUGAAAGGAAGGGUUUGUUUGUCUGGAGAGGCUAAAAAUGGCCUAGAAAUUUUGAAGCGUAAAAGGCUUCAACGGUUGAACUCAGGAAAUGCUUCUGAAGUUAAGGCUCUUACUAAUAUGAUGACCAGAAGCGGAGGGGAUGCUUUAAGAGAGUCUGCAUCUUGUGGGAUGAAGUUACAUGGAAGUUCGGAUGCCUAUUGUAGAUCUACUGGUGCUUCAGAAGAAAAACUGGCCUUUUUAAAGCACAAGGUGGAAAAGUUUGACACUUCUAAUUUGGAUUGGACUGAUAAAAUUCCAGAAUGCCCUGUAUUCUGUCCAACCAAGGAGGAGUUUGAGGAUCCUUUAGUCUAUCUGCAAAAAAUCGCCCCUGAAGCUUCAAAAUAUGGAAUAUGCAAAAUUAUAUCGCCAUUGAGUGCUUCUGUUCCUGCGGGUGUUGUAUUGAUGAAGGAGAAAGCUGGCUUCAAGUUUACCACCAGAGUGCAGCCCCUUCGGCUGGCUGAGUGGGAUAUGGAUGACAAGAUCACUUUUUGCAUGAGUGGAAGAAAUUAUACAUUCCGCGAUUUCGAGAAAAUGGCAAACAGGAUGUUUGCUCGUAGAUACUACAGUGCUGGGUGUCUUCCUGCCACCUACUUGGAAAAGGAGUUCUGGCAUGAAAUAGCUUGUGGCAAGGAAGAAACUGUUGAGUAUGCAUGUGAUAUUGAUGGUAGUGCCUUUUCGUCUUCUCCUAAUGACCAACUUGGCAACAGCAAGUGGAACUUGAAGACUCUUUCACGACUGCCCAAAUCUACGCUGCGUCUUUUAGGAAAUACUAUUCCAGGAGUAACGGAACCCAUGCUUUACAUUGGAAUGUUAUUCAGUAUGUUCGCAUGGCAUGUCGAAGAUCAUUACUUGUAUAGCAUUAAUUAUCAUCACUGUGGGGCAUCAAAAAUUUGGUAUGGGAUUCCUGGUCAUGCAGCUUUGGAUUUUGAGAAGGCAGUUCGUAAGCUGGUGUAUACACAUGAUAUUCUGUCCACUGAAGGAGAGGAUGGAGCUUUUGAUGUUCUUUUGGGUAAAACAACUAUGUUUCCUCCAAAUAUUUUGCUAGAACAGAGCGUCCCAGUCUACAAGGCUGUUCAAAAACCUGGGGAGUUUGUUAUCACCUUUCCUCGGGCAUAUCAUUCAGGAUUCAGUCAUGGUUUUAAUUGUGGAGAGGCAGUAAAUUUCGCAGUUGGUGAUUGGUUCCCACUGGGGGCUAUGGCCAGCCAACGUUAUGCUCUUCUUGGCAGGGUGCCUCUUCUUCCUCAUGAGGAGCUUCUCUGUAAAGAAGCAUUGCUACUUUUCAAGAGUUCAUCAAUUCCUGAAUGUAAAGGUGCAGAUUAUUCAUCCACAGAAUUUGUCUCUCACCGUUGCAUUAAGGUUUCCUUUGUGCACAUAAUGCGUUUCCAGCACCGGGCUCGUUGGUCACUCUUGAAAUUAGGAAUUAGAAUGUCUCCAACUUCCCAGGGCACUAUACUGUGCAGCCUCUGCAAACAGGACUGUUAUGUGGCAUACAUUAAAUGCAAUUGUUGUUCGCAUUCUAUUUGCCUUCGCCAUGAGAUUGAGUCGCUUGGCUGUUCAUGUGGAGGCAAUGUUGUUCUGUUUGUGAGGCGGGAUCUCUCAGAAAUGGAAGCUGCUGCCCAGAAAUUUGAGCGGGAGGAGGGAAUAUUAGAAGAAGUUCAACAGCAAAUAGAAUGUGGUGGUGACUUAUGCACCCAGCCUAAUUUGUUCCAAUGUGUGGAUGGAUAUGUCCCAUACUGUGAGAUAAAAUUUGAUCUGAACCCGGAAACUAUGGUUGGGGCUCAGUUACAAGAUAUAGAUUGUGGUUCUUGUAGCCUGCCUGUGUUGAACCAGAAGGAAUUUGUGAAGUCUUGUGUUGUAGAUUCUUCUCUCUCUUGUGCGGCAUCGGCUAUGUGCUCUUUUCUGGAUCCACAAGAAAGCCCAUCUGUUCCCAAAAAUG